CUGGCCGGCACUCUGGUUCAUCUUCUAUCCCUGAAAAACUACUCCACCAUCUCCAUUCCUUCCUCCGGCUCCUCCUCCUCCUCCUCAGCCUCCCCAUCUUCCUCGUACAGCCGCGUGGACAACCAACCCCGCCUUGACGCACAUUCCUCCGCUCUGCCAACCUCUGCAGUCGCUGGGUUCAGUAGUGGCGGUAGUGGGAUGGCUUUGGCCUGUCUCACACAGUUGGCCUCGCUGUAUGGAGGCCAAAUGACUCGAACCGCAUUGACUGCUCCCGGGGCACCCCAAUGCUUGGCUGCCUGUUUGACUAGGCUGAGUUGGCAAGUCUGGAUGGCAUCAGCCUCGGAAGUGGGCUCCGACAAAGUUCACAGUGUCGAAAAGGGCCGCUUGUUAGGCGCUAAUGACAGACGGCAGGUGAGAAUUACACUUUUGAAGACAGUAUCUAUUUGGUAA